CUGAAGGGUAUUUCAGGACUCUCAAAGAAAUAGAAAUGCCCAAACCGUUUCGAGCUUCGGAGUGUCCUAGUGGCAGCUGAUGCUUCGGAGUAGGAGCAAAGAUGAAAACUCACAAUUUGGAGCUUUCCAAAUUCCAAUCUCUUCUCUUUUGAGUUCUUUCACUUUCUCUCUCACUAAUCAUCUUUGAGGAGAAAGAUUAGGGUUUACAAGUUUGAGUUGCAGAAGUAGCUCUUGUUCUUUAAGCUUUCUGUUGUGAUCAGUAAUGGCAGAAGGCAAGAGAUCGACAGGAGUUGUGAAAUGGUUCAGUGGGCAGAAGGGUUAUGGCUUCAUUACUCCAGGCGAUGGGAGUGACGAUAUAUUUGUUCACCAAUCGUCGAUCCGUGCAGAUGGGUUUCGGACUCUUGGGGAGGGUGAGCAGGUUGAAUUUGAGAUCGGACGAGGUGAUGAUGGACGAUCGAAGGCUGUCGAUGUGACUGGACCGAAUGGAUCGCAGGUUUCUGGUGGUGGUGGACGUGGGUUUUCUGGGGGAAGAGGCAGGGAUGGCGGUUAUGGCAGUUUAGGUGGUGGGUUUGGUAGUGGUUUUGAAAGUGGCUUUGGAAGAGGGUGGCGAAGUGGUGGAAGAGGAGGGAGAUCAGGUGGAGGAGGCUAUGGUGGUGGUGGUGGUGGUGCGUGCUAUAAUUGUGGGAAAACUGGUCACUUGGCAAGGGACUGUUAUCAAGGAAGUGGUGGUGGGAGAUAUGGUGGUGGAGGAAGAUAUGGCGGUGACGGAGGUGGUGGUGGAGGGAGAUAUGGCGGUGAUGGAGGUGGUGGUGGUGGGAGAUAUGGCGGUGAUGGAGGUGAUGGUGGUGGGAGAUAUGGCGGUGAUGGAGGCGGUGGCGGUGGUUAUUACGGUGGUGGCAGGGGUUGUUACAAUUGUGGUGAGCAAGGGCAUAUUGCGAGGGAAUGCCCAAACGACCAGAGAUGAGAUCAUGAGAAUGAGGUCGUUUAACUGCUAGGUUGGGUUGGCAAUUUGGUAUUACUGCUCUCGAUUUGGUUUUCUUUUGUGAAUUUUCCUUAUAAUCUUCUGGGACGAUUUUUUUUUUUUGGGGGGGGGGGGGGGGGGGGGGAAAGGGGGUCUGCUUCUCCUUUUUUGGGGUUGAUUCUCAUGCUUUUGCUGCGUGCUGUGGAUAAAUUGUUUAUUCAGAAGAUAUAGUUAUUUCUUCUUGUUAAUGAAAUCCUGUUUUUGUUGGCAAA